AGUCUACUUCCAGACAUGCCGUCUCGCUUGCCUGUCCAGGAUAUCUUUGCGGGGCUGGUCACCAAUGGAACAGCCAUCAGAUACUGGUUCCACUACACACUGGUGGCCUUUGCAUGGCUCGGUGUGGUGCCUCUCACAGCAUGUCGUAUCUACAAGUGUUUAUUUACUGGCUCCGUGAGCUCUCUCCUUACCCUGCCUUUAGAUUUGCUUUCAACGCAAAACCUGCUUGCCGACUGCCUCCAGGGCUGUUUUGUGGUCACAUGCACACUGUGUGCCUUCAUCAGCCUGGUGUGGCUCAGAGAGCAGAUUGUCCACGGUGGCGCACCUCAGUGGUUAGAGCAGAAUCAGCCUCCUCUGGUUCCUAACCAGCCCAAUGGCCGGGCACCAGCUAAUGAGGGUGGUAACGCUGCACUCCACGGCCAGGCUGGUGUUUUCUGGGCCCGUGCCCAGAACCCUGCUGACCUUGCUCCAGGCCAGCCGGCACCUGCCAACCCACAAGAAGCCGGCAACCACAGAGAUGAAGAUGAACUGGACGAUGAUGAUGAGGAUGACGACGAUGGGGAGGACGAGGAGGAGGAGGAGGAUGAGGAAGGCAGAGAGGAGGAUGCUGCUGAUGCCAAUAAUGCAGGGCAAGAAGAUUUGAACUGGAACGCCCUGGAGUGGGACCGUGCAGCAGAGGAGCUGACCUGGGAGAGGAUGCUUGGGUUGGAUGGUUCCCUAGUUUUCUUGGAGCAUGUUUUCUGGGUGGUGUCUCUCAACACGCUCUUUAUCUUGGUAUUUGCUUUUUGCCCGUAUCACAUCGGCCAUUUCUCAGUGGUAGGACUGGGCUUUGAAGACUAUAUCAAAGCCUCACACUUUGAUGGCCUCAUCACCACCAUCCUGGGGUACAUCCUUCUGGCUGGAGCUCUCAUUGUCUGCCAUGCAUUGGCUUCAUUAGUGAAGUUCCAGCGGUCCAAACGCCUCCUGGGUGUCUGCUACAUUGUUGUCAAGGUGUCCCUGCUGGUUGUCAUGGAGAUAGGCUUGUUCCCGCUGAUUUGUGGUUGGUGGCUCGACAUUUGUUCGCUGGAGAUGUUUGAUGCCACUCUCAAGGACAGGGAGCAGAGUUUUGACUCGGCUCCUGGCACCACCAUGUUCCUCCACUGGCUCGUUGGUAUGGUCUAUGUCUUCUACUUUGCCUCCUUCAUUCUCCUGCUCAGAGAGGUGCUUCGACCAGGUGUGCUGUGGUUCCUGAGGAAUCUGAACGAUCCAGACUUCAACCCCGUCCAAGAGAUGAUCCACCUGCCCAUCUACAGACACCUACGGAGGUUUAUACUCUCUGUGGUGGUGUUUGGCUCCAUAGUUCUGCUGAUGCUUUGGCUUCCCAUCAGAAUCAUUAAACUGUUUUUCCCAACCUUCCUUCCCUACAACGUCAUGCUGUACAGCGAUGCCCCGGUUAGCGAGCUGUCAUUGGAGCUGCUGUUGCUUCAGGUUGUUCUGCCGGCAUUGUUGGAGCAGGGUCACACUCGCCAGUGGCUCAAACGCCUCGUCCACGCCUGGACAUUCACAGCUGGAUACGUGUUUGACCUUCACUCAUACCUGCUGGGCGACCAUGAAGACGAGGACAACCAACCAAAUACCCCCGGUCGCCGUAACAAUAACCGGAUUCCCGGUCUGGGGGAGGGGCUUCACGCUGCCCAUCAGGCCAUCCUGCAGCAGGGCGGUCCAGUGGGUUUCCAGCCGUACCACCGGCCCGUCAACUUCCCACUCAAGAUCGUUCUGCUCAUUGUCUUCAUGUGUGUGACACUGUUGCUAGCUAGCCUAAUCUGCCUUACUUUGCCAGUGUGUGUUGGUCGAUGGCUGAUGUCCUUCUGGAUGGGCAGCGCCAUGGUUCAUGAGCUGUACACGGCAGCCAGUGGUCUGUAUGUGUGCUGGCUGUCCAUUCGAGCCGCCACGGUGCUGCUGUCCUGGAUGCCACAGGGACGGACAGUCAUCAUGCUCAAAGUCCACGAGUGGACACUUAUGAUCCUGAAGACCGUUGUGGUCGCCGUGCUGUUAGCUGGGGUGAUUCCUCUGCUGCUGGGUCUGCUGUUCGAGCUGGUCAUCGUUGCUCCUCUCAGAGUUCCACUGGACCAGACACCUCUAUUCUACCCCUGGCAGGACUGGGCCUUGGGUGUGCUUCAUGCUAAAAUCAUUGCUGCCAUAACAUUGAUGGGGCCUCAGUGGUGGCUCAAAACCGUCAUUGAACAGGUCUAUGCUAACGGUAUCCGAAACAUCGACCUCCACUUUAUCGUGCGAAGGCUUGCUGCCCCCGUCAUCUGUGUCCUGCUGCUGUCUCUCUGUGUGCCCUACACCAUCUCUAAAGGCGUCACACCACUGCUGGGAGUGCAGCCAGAGAUGCAGACGCUGGUGGAGAGGAGAAUCUACCCUUUCCUCCUGAUGGUGGUCAUGCUGUUGGCCAUCCUGUCCUUUCAGAUACGUCAGUUCAAACGCCUCUACGAACACAUCAAAAAUGACAAAUACCUGGUUGGACAGCGGCUGGUGAACUAUGAACGUACGACGGGCAGGAGCACGUCCACCUCCUCCUACAGCACCUCCUCAUAGACCUGACACUGCUGUAGGAUCAGUGGAGCCCACUCGCUCUGCUCCAGUGGUGAAAACUCCCUGCUUUGCUGUCAACUUAAAACACAACCUGUAAACUUUUGACUGCAGCCUGAUCCUCUUAUUCACCCACAUCAACAUCUGCAGCAAUCACAGGUGGGGAGACGUUGAAGACGAACGAAGAAGUCUUCACGGAAUCAGUAGAAUUUCUGAACAAGGUUGUUAAUAAACCUUCAAAAAAACUGUCGGCAUGACUGAAUCUCAGCAGAACCACAAACUGUCCGUCUUUUUACACGUGUCCGGUUUUCGCCUCCGAUGCAGCUGACGAUUUCAUUUGUAUUUACUUUGUUUUUACAAAGGUUUGGGUUGAAGUCGGGUCACUCGAGUAUAGCUUUUACCUCAAAUUGUGCUUCCCUUUCAAUGUUUGUUGUGAAAUGUUGUCUCGGUCGCACUGAGUGUCCUUUAGACGUUUUUGGAGCAAUGGAGGAGAUAUUUGGACUGUAACGGAAACGCCUCCAUGGUCCUAUUUCCAUUGCUGAUUUUUCUCAAAUGACACCCUUUAUCAAACUGAGGCUGUCAGUGAUAAGGAGGGACAUAGAUGCUGUAGCAAUGUGAUUGUAUUGUUUUUGGAUGUUUUUAUUAGGUGUGUUUUCAUUGAUUUUUGUAGUGUUAUAUUUCUGAAGUGAGCUGGUAGCUAGUCCUCUGAGGAUUCCUUUGAACUGAAGAUGUAGAAAAAGAAAAGAAGAAAAUGACAUUUUUCUGUGGACACUGCCCAGAACAUGUUUUCUUUUUUUUUCCUCCUGAGAGUUUUAACAACAGUCUGGGCUGUGCUGUACCUUUCUAAACUUCAGUUGCACACUUUUUUUUUUAAACAAGGUGAAUUGACCUUCAGGAGAGAAGAGGCAAAAAAAGUUGACAACAGAAAGUCGCACAGCAGAAUACAGCACAAAACAAGUGGCCUCCAGCUACACUACCAGUCAAAAGUUUGGACACACCUUCUCAUGCAGUGGUUUAUAUUUAAUUAUUUUCUACAUUGUAGAUUAACACUGAAGACAUCAAAACUCUAAAAGAGUACAUAUGGAAUUGUGUUGCAAACACAAAAAUGUUCAUCUGCAAUAUUAAUCUACAAUGUGGAAAAUAAUGCAAAUAAAUAAAAAGCCUUGAAUGAGAAGGUGUGUCCAAACUUCUGACUUGUAAUGUACCCGUUUCAAAAAGUUAAAUUUUUGGAGAUGAAGAAAACGUUUCAGUUGGGAUAUUAAAAAAAAAAAAAGCAUUGUGAAUUUACCCUUCUUAGUGUGAACAUUUAAACUGGACAGCCUCAGAAUAUUCUCGUGUGACACCCUGAGAGGAACGCUGACGAUUUUACAGAAAUAUUUAUUCAUAAGCUACAAAAUAACUGUGAGCCAGCUGGUUGUCGGGCUGAUAGUGCUGCUAAUGAGUUGUUCAGACUGUCUGCGUUCUCAGUGGAUCGGAGGUUACAGCUAAAAACAAGUAGAUAAAAUAGAAAACACUGGCUGUCAUUGGAAAAGGUGAGCCUUAUGAACUACACUAACAGAGGUUUAACAAACAGCUGGCAAACUGGAGCCUGAUGCCUGUAAUGUGAGUGAACACACAGUACUAGAUAAACUUGCUGGCAGAAGUAGACUUUUCUCUCUCCAUUGCUCUGUUGUCUUACUUAAUGGUUAAAUUCAGUCAGUCAGGUCAUGAUGUAUCUGAUCUUGCAACCAAUUCUUGCCCACCUGUGUGACAUUAUUGAUUUCCAGAGUGUAAACUAACAACAGUGUGAAACAGUGUAUGAUACUAGCCGCUUUGGGUUUGAAAAAGCCUAAAAAAGCAUUGACAGUGUGAGUUGCUUAUCUACUAACUUGUCGCUUCGCCAUCUUCAGUUAUGCUUUGUGCUUCUAUCGCUCCACGUCACAAAAGCAGGCAGUUGUCGCAUAAGGCAAGAGAAGUCAAACAUUUCCUGAUCGCUUUUUUUUCCUCUGGAAAUCAUGAGAUGCUGUUUCUUACGAUAAUCAUUGUGCUCAAGGCCCUACAUCUUUUGGGUUGGACCAUUAGCAUGUGUCAUGUAGGAAUGCUGUCAGGCUAAGGAGCAACUUUGUGGUGCUUCUGGAGUCAGUUGUACAAAGAGAGAGUAGACGGUCAUGAAAUUAAAAGAAGUUGCUUUACAAAGCACUUCUUUCGAGUCUUUGUUACUGAAUAGUUCCACUAAAUUCCAAAGUGUAACUGCCGUGUAGCUAAAAGAAUUAACAAAGCAACGUUCACUUGACUUGAGUAAAAGAGGAGUACGCUGGUCCUCGACUUACGUCACAGUUCAUAAGUCGAUUUUCACUGUAAGUCGGAACUGAGGUUAAAAUGUAAACAAAGCCGUUAUGUGCAUCACGAUAUCGAACAACUUACGUAUUUGUACAAGUAUGGGAAUGAAAACCGUUACUAGCUCAGACUGAAACACAACUCAGGAGGAAAAUACCAGCGAAAAUGCAAACUUUAAGUCCGACUUGUGCUUGGGAGCCAUAAUGAAGUUAGCGUAUGUAACAUAAUCCAAUGCGGCAGCAAAUGUAAACAAAGCCGUCUUAUAGCACCGUGUGACUAAUGUACAUACAGUGUUCGUCCACUCGGCUCGCCAACUAGUUUCACUAAACCAGAUCCGAUGUAAUGAUGAAAUGCCGUACGUUAAACCGAGGAUCCCAUAAUCAGUUCGUUAAACGAGGACCCCCUGUAUUUCAGACUGUACUCAUUCCCAAGGAGUCAGAUACUGCCAUUUUGUUGAAGCUGCUAGCAUCUCAGACACACUCAAGCUGCACUUUGGUGUUGAUGCCACCCGCAUCAAUAUUCAACACAGACAGAUGAAAAACCUUUUAUAGAGUUUAAGAGAACCUCAUAAGGAAAGGAGCUUGUACCAGAACACUGGGGUUGGUGUGCAGUCUCAGACCAUUACUUCAUUCAUGUAGACUCAUUUUAUUUUGUGACUGGAGCUAUUUCGUGUCUGGCUUUCACUCGCUUUUUGGUUCAGUUUAGGAAAAGUUUAUGGUAUGGCCUAAAAUGCAGCCUUUGACGACAUUAAGCAUUUUGCCAGGACGACUUUUCAUUCUAUCUAAAGGAGCAACAGCUGAGAACAUUUGACUCUGGAGUCAUGGUCUCUAUUUCUGAACUUUUUUUUUGUAGGUCUGUGUGUUGGAAUAUGACAUCAAAAUGACAAACUGGCAGUAUGGGGUGAGGAGCAGAAGUAGUUCAGGUUCUUUAUACAGUAGACAGCUGAAUCAUAGAGAUUCUUUAAAAUGAAUUAUGCUUUUUCUUUCAGCUGCUUAUCUGAUUUAUCUGAAGUGUCACGACGACACUAGUGGUCGAGUGUUUGAGUUGAUAUUGUGAGAUAACUGAACUGACUCAGUGAACACUAUCCACGUCCAGUAUCCACAAGUAACAGCACAAUUGUUCACUAAAUAUGUGCUUUUGAGCAACACGCUUCCAGGAUCAGACAACUCAGAGGUGGCUGCUCCUCUGCUGCUUGUAUAAUAGUCUGACUGUGUGCUGCAUGAAGAACACAGCUGAGGCUUUUAAACUCUACACUGGUUGAUCUUGUGCCCUGGCGUACUCAUUAUAGACAUGCAUGAAACGGCAUAAACACUGCAAAUUUUAGACCUGAGAAGCUGUAUGGGCAUAAUCAGUGACACUUGCAUGGUUAUUCUGUCUUUCCACUAGAAUUGAGGGGAAUAGUUCAACUUUCUGUGAAUGCUUUAGUUUGCUUUCUUGCUGAUACUUAGAUGAAAACAUUGGAGCCACUGCCAUGUCAAUAGAAGAAAGGGCAGUUCGCUAAUUAACUAACUGUAAAAAUUUGCAGUUUCAAGAGGUCAAGUACUGGAAGUUUGUCUUGGCUGAACUCUGAAGAAAUGUCACUCUUGGUCCUUUGAGGUUUGCUGUAGUGGGGUGGUGUUGUAGUGAGUUUAGGGAGGGGGCCGAAUGUAAAUACGAGGGUGAAUAGUGGCUAAUGGUUGCUAAUCAGUGACAGGGUAAUACAACAAAGACCUAAAGGUAGUUUAAUCAAGGGCUCUGGCAGACAACAAAAGGUAAGAGGGAGGUCUGACAGCUAGUAAGAAAAGAUAAAAGAAUUGUGGAUAGCUGGGAAAUGGAGUGAAGGGCAUCUGUAGCAAAAGGUGUGCUGUUUUCUUCAUCAUCUCAAGACUGUAGAAUGUGUGCUUGUCUAGCUAGUGGCAAGAAAAUGUAUUUACCAAAAUGUCAAAUUUCACUUUCUCCAACCACAUGUUCUCCCUUAAAUCCCUCUUUGCAUGCGAAUGUAAGGUUUCUGUCCAGGUGUUGUACUCUGUGUCCACAUUGUCUCUAUCUACUCUCAACAAGAUGCCAGAAAGUUCCUUCUUUCAUGUUUCAAAGUUGUUGGAAGUCAAAUUUAUAGGUCCAGAACAGAACAAAUCAGGACAAUUAAAUGAAAAGGUUAAAAAUUGUUCCAGAAUUUUUUAUGAGAGAAACACGCUCCAGCCAUUCUUUAAAUCUUGCUGCCAAUGAGAACAGAAUCAAAGCUCUAAAGGGCUCUACAGCCCUAAUAGAGACAUUUGAAAUUUUAUUAGGUUGUUUUUUGUUUGUUCUUUUUAACCAUUAAUGAUCAGGUAGUUUAGUUUUUCUUUUCAAGCUAUUGUUUUCAUGUGUUGCACUUUAUACCACUGUUUUCGAUCAUGUCAGAAUCCGCUGUAACACAGUCAUCAUAGCCUGAUUUGUGUGUGUGUUUUUUUUUAAAUUUAGCUUCCACUAAGACUGUCAGUAUUUGGCUGUGGUGACUCUGUACAAUGGCUUUUGUUCAAAGGACGUAUUGAAGGUUUGCAUGCAUUUUUCACAAUGCAUAAUUAAGAGUUUAGUAAAUAGUAACGGCUUUUCUGUUGAUGUGGAUUGUGAAGUACAUGAACUCUAGCGUCGACAGCUGCAGUGCUGCUGCUGUGUGGAAUGCUCACAUUUUAUGAUGCUAUAAAGUGACCUUUUUAGUAUCUUUGAACCUCGCUGGACACGUUGAAGUUUUGUGUUGAAUUUCAAUUUCUAGGAGCAAAUCAUUUCUAUUUUUAUAUGUGCAAAAAAAAGGCAGCGGCAUGUACUGUAACAUGAACCUAAGGGUCUGUUGAUUGUUGGUUCAGUCAUAUGAAACAAUAAUAAAUAGUUGUAAAGAUGC